GGUUCGCUUAACUUCAUGCCACGCACGUUACGGCUUUUGCGAGAUGGUGGAGCCGAGUUCCGGCAUGCCUACACGACAACGCCCAUGUGUUGUCCAGCACGGUCCUCCAUCCUGACCGGCAUGUACGUGCACAACCACAUGGUGUUCACGAACAACGACAACUGCUCGAGUACGACCUGGCAGACGACACAUGAGACGCGUUCGUUCGCGACUUAUCUCUCCAAUGCGGGCUAUCGGACCGGGUACUUUGGGAAGUACCUGAACAAGUACAACGGCUCGUACAUUCCACCCGGUUGGCGAGAGUGGGGUGGGCUGAUCAUGAACUCGAAGUACUACAACUACAGCAUCAACAUGAACGGGCAGAAGAUCAAGCAUGGGUUCGACUACGCGAAGGACUACUAUCCGGAUCUGAUCGCGAAUGAUUCGAUCGCGUUCUUGCGACAAUCGAAGCACCAAAACCAUCGGAAACCGGUGAUGCUUGCGAUGAGCUUUCCGGCACCACACGGACCGGAGGAUUCAGCCCCACAGUACAGCCAUCUCUUCUUCAACGUCACGACGCACCACACUCCGGCGUACGAUCAUGCACCGAACCCGGAUAAACAGUGGAUCCUGCGCGUAACGCAGCAGAUGGAACCGAUUCAUCGUAAGUUCACCGAUCUGCUGAUGACGAAGCGGCUGCAAACGCUCCAAAGUGUCGACGUCGCGGUCGAACGAGUCUACCAGGAACUGAAGGCCCUCGGUGAGCUCGACAACACCUACAUCAUCUAUACGUCCGAUCACGGCUACCAUCUUGGACAGUUCGGUCUGAUCAAGGGCAAGAGUUUUCCAUUCGAGUUCGACGUUCGUGUGCCUUUCCUAAUGCGUGGUCCUGGCAUCGAACCGGCAACGAUCAUCGAUGAAAUUGUGCUGAAUGUUGAUCUUGCCCCAACGUUCCUGGAUAUUGGCGGUGUGGCUCCACCGCCGCACAUGGACGGUCGCAGCAUCCUUCCGCUGGUGCUGAACCGGCAUCGGACUGCACUUGACAUGUGGCCUGAUACAUUCUUGAUCGAGAGCUCAGGACGGCGUGAAACACCCGAACAGAUACAGGAGCAGAAGCAACGAGCGGCGGCAGCACGUUAUAGCGCAAGGGUUAACCAGGCCAAUGCAAACGGUUCAAACACGAAGCUGACACCGGAAGUGCUCGUGGAGGGUCGUCAUGGAGCUGGAGAGGGCUCAAGUGCCGUCUCGGGCGCAUCUGGUGGUGGUAACGACCGCAAGGAUCUGGACUUCAGCUCGCACGAGCACGAGGAUGAUGAUGAGGAUCACGAUCACGAUCACGAGUUGGACGGGGAAGACGAUGAUGAUCACCACGGGGGAAUUGAAAGUGAAACGGAACCUGUUGAGCUGAAGCGUGUCGAACAGCCGGAAGAUUAUGUGAUCGAUCACCAGGAAGCCCACGCGUUCGAUCAAGCACCUCCUCAGCACGACAACCACCAGCUGGAUAACCACUUGAGCCCGUACCGUACGAAGAUGGAUCGGCUCAACACCGAAUGUUCGAAUCCGGAGCUGCAGCAAAAUUGCAUCCCGGGUCAGAAAUGGCAAUGCACGAGCGAGGAUGGACGCUGGCGCAAGCAUAAGUGCAAAUUCCACGGUCAGUUGCAGCAACACUUGGCCGAACUGCACAAGAAGACAGGCAGCCAAGCAAACGGGCGUAACUGCGCCUGUUUCACGCAGAACAACUUUUUCUACACCAGGAUCAAAACCAAGCGCGAUCACACGAAAUGGCAACCGAUGGUUGUACCGAACGUUGCGACGCAUCAACACCGGCGAAGGCGCACACGCCAGAAGCGAUCGCCUGCGUCCGUGGAGGGUGACGAGGUCCUGCUGAUGGAGGCCGCUGGCUCGACAAUGGAGUCGCUGGUGCAGGUUGCCGCAAGGAUCGAUGCCAUUCAGCGGGCGGUGUACGAAGACGAACGUGACUUCCAGCAUGAACGGGAUGCUCAGCGAAGGACAAAACGCGAAGCGUCCUCGCCAAAUCAUUUGACCGAUGUAGUGCACGAGCUUCAGCAAACGCUGGCUGAGAUCGAGCGUGAAUAUGAACGGACGGCGUUACUCGUGCAGGAUAACCACAAUGCAUCCACAAGCGAAGGGAUGGAACCGACCGCCGGUCCCACGAAGCGGUGCUUCGUUGUAGCGCCUGGUCGGAUCAACUGCUCGAAUGUGAUCACCGAGGACGAGCUGAGCUGGAAAAGAAACCGCAUGCGGGUGGAUCAGUUAAUCCGAGUGCUUAAGGAUAAAAUCAACGCGCUAAAGGACAUCAAACGGUUGCUACGCGAGCAUCGCCCCGCCGGGUAUCGAGGAGAAGAUUCCGAACCGGAAGAGAACGAGGACGAAGAUGAUGAGGAUGCGCUGUAUGCCAGUAAAAUCGGCACUUCUAUUAGCACCGUUAGCUCGUCAUCGGUGACAGAGUCCUCAGAUCCUGGCGUGAGUACGACAAGGAGUGAACCGCCUAGGAAGGUUCCUCAUGGUGUAGCGGUUCCGCGACGUCCCGCGGGAAAGUAUCCCAAUGGAUACGGCCACCGCAGGAAGGUGGUCAAGCCUACUCCCGUUCCUUCGGAGGAAGACGCCGAAGGGCCACUGAUUGAUAUGAGUCACUUCACUGCGGAUGUAAAACCGUCACCUUCGGUUGUUUCUGCCCUCAAUCGCACCGGCCACGUCGGUGCAAGGCACAGAGGAGUUGGUUUACACAACCGAAACCAUCGUAGACGUCCUCAAGGAGAGCUUGGUCAAACGCACGGAAGAGAUAUUGUAUCGACAGGUCCGAGUUCGGUCAGUGUUCCAACCACCGAUACCCAAGACGAGGAUCUAUUAGAAUCUAACACUGCAUCCGGUUCCGCUCAAGCAGUGCUUUUUAACACGACAGUAUCGUAUCAGGAUACGGUGGAAUCGAAUUCUACGGAAACCGCCCAAAAUAUUACGGACCCCAGUGAAGAACAAUUCUCCCGAAACGCAAUUGAUGCCAGCGUUAUGUCUACCGUGAUGACGACGACGGAACAGGAAUCGGUUUACGUGAGCACAAACAUCGUUGACCGACGGAAUACCAUUGAUCGCCGUAAAACAGCGGGAAGAGAUCAUCACAAUGCGAUGAACAGUACUCAAGAAUCACCGUACGGCAGUAACUCGGUGCAACAAAAUAUGAUACCGAUUCCUUCGGCGGUUGAUGCGACCAUUCCUCCCACAGAAUGCUACUGCGCGGCGGAAACUGAGAGUCCACAACCGGACGAGAAAGAUCUGGCACGCGAAACACGUCGUCGGCUGAAGGAAGAACGGCAGCGAAAGAAAGAACGGAAACGCCUCAAAAAGGUCAAGAUGGAUAAGGAAUGCUUGUCUGAGCGGAUGAACUGCUUCAGCCAUGAUAGUAACCAUUGGCGCACGGAGCCUAUGUGGGACGACAAACCGUUCUGCUUCUGCAUGAACGCGAAUAACAACACCUACAGCUGCCUGCGAACGAUCAACCAAACGCACAAUUUUCUCUACUGCGAGUUUACCACCGGGUUGAUUACGUACUACAAUCUGAGGAUAGAUCCUUUUGAGACACAGAAUCGCGAGUCAUCGCUGACGGCGGAAGAGAAAGCGGUGCUGCACGAAACACUGGAAGAGAUGAAACGCUGUCGCGGCAAAGGAUGCACGAUGCCACGACAUCAGCAUGCUCUUCCGGAGAGCAAUAUGCUUCCUUCCGGGGUCGGAGCUGUCGGUUCUGCUGGUGGCGUCGGUUCUGCGGGAGCUGGACGUCAAAUUGGCGGAAUGCCAUACGGCACUGGAGCUAGUAGCAACCGGCGAAAAUUUCACAACCAACGUGAACACUUACUGCAUCCUGUUGGUGGAGGUGUCGGUGGCGGUGCAGCAGCACAUUACCCAGUAGAAUUCGAUGGUGGAGUUAAUCUGGAUGGUGCAGCCCAAGGGGCCACCUCAAAGAAAAAGAAUAAAUAUGGGAAGAGGAAACAUCACCAACCACAACACAACAGGCGGCAGCUGGGAGAUUUAAGAGGUUCGCAACUUGAAAGCGACUACGGUUCCGAUUUUAUCCCGCCCAAUGUUGCCGUGGGUGGAACGAAACGUAAUUUAUCGAAACGUACUACGAGGGCUCCGGUCUGGCGGACGAUUUAUACCGAGUAA